AUGGGCUGCUUUAACAGAAGGUGCGGGCUGAUAGCCGGAGCCGUGUUUGGGGCAGUGGUAGCCAUCCUGGGAGGCAUCCUUAUUCCGCUGGGGAACAGCAUCAUUGCAGGGACAGUUGAGAAGGAAGCCGUCAUUGAGGACGGAACGACAGCUUAUGACAACUUCGUGGCAACAGGGGGAAAGGUGUACAGGCAGUUCUGGUUCUUUGACGUGACAAACGCCCAGGAGGUUUUGCAGAAUGGCGCAUAUCCAGUGGUGGCAGAAAAGGGACCUUAUACAUACCUGACAAGAUACCUCCCCAAAGAAAACAUCACAUUCAACGCUAAUCACACUGUGUCCUUCAUGCUGCCUUAUGGAGCCAUUUUUGAGCCAUCUAUGUCAGUUGGACCAGAGGGGGACCAAAUCACCACCCUCAACCUGGCUCUGGCUGGAGCCUAUGCAUUAGUACCAAAGUACCUGCAUUUUAUACUGGAGAGACGGAUAAAGGCAACCAACUCCUCCUUGUUUCAGCGUCGUACAAUCCAGGAAUUGCUGUGGGGUUACAAAGACACCCUGUUGAAUGAUACUAUGGGCCUAUUUUCACCUUACAAUGAUACCUUUGAUGGUUACUAUAAUGUCUACACGGGAAAGGAUGACAUCUCCAAAGUGUCAACGAUUGACAGGUGGCGGGGACAGAGGACCUUAAAUUUCUGGGACGACAAAUACUGUAACAUGCUCAAUGGGACAGAUGCUUCUUCCUUUCAUCCAUUUGUGGACAAAAACGAGCCUCUCUAUUUCUUCUCAUCGGACAUCUGCAGGUCUGUGUCAGCAAGCUAUCAGGAAACCAUGGAUCUGAAAGGGAUUGAUGUGUACCGCUACACUCUCCUACCAUCCACCUUAGCCUCCCCUGAUAAAAACCCAGACAACAUGUGCUUCUGCAGAGAUAUAGUGAUCACCAAGAACUGUACCGUGGCUGGAGUAUUGGACAUCAGCUCCUGUCAAUCCGGAAGACCUAUCUACAUCUCCCUGCCCCACUUCCUCUAUGGCAGCCAGUCCCUGCUAGAGAACGUGCGGGGCCUCAAUCCCACCGAGGAGCACCAUUUCACCUUCAUGGAUGUAGAACCUACAACUGGAUUUACCCUAAGGUUUGCUAAGAGAAUUCAAGUGAAUAUGAUGUAUGGCCCAUCAAAUGUUAUCACGGUGCUUAAGAAAGUCAAGGAUUAUACCAUAUUCCCUCUUGCUUGGCUGAAUGAGACGGCUGCACUUGAUGAUGAAACGGCAGAAAUGUUUAAAAAGGAGCUUAUCUCCCGUAUCGACAUGCUGGAUAUCAUACAGAAAGCACUGCUGGGCUCAGGUGUGUCCAUCUUCCUGCUUUGUCUUAUCCUCUACUGUGUGGUGAGGAGGAGGGAUAACCAAGGCAAGCAUGCAUGAAUGUAUCAUGCAGAUUUGUGUCUGAUUUGUGUGAACUGCAGAGCACAAUUCAAGCUGCUCUCGGACAUUAAACCUUUUUAUAUAGACUUGCACUUUUUUGUAAUUUCAGUAUUAUUUAUAAUACUUAUACUGUGAUUUUGUAAACAGCUGUAUUACCUUACCUUAUUUUAAUUGCAAUUAUCACUGUAACAUUUGAACUCAAUCAGGGAUUUCUAAAGGGAGAGAAAGUGGAGACCCCUAUGAACUGUGAGGUUAUUAAUUCUUUGAAUAUCCACACAGAGAGAAAUUGGUUUGUUCGACAAGCUAUGA